UCUGAGCGGAAGCAGGAAGUGGCGGCGCCGCUGGAGCCGCCGGGAUUCCAAAAAUCCCCGAAAUCCGCCCCAAAAUCCCCGAAUUCCGCCCCAAACCGUCCCAGAGCCGCCCGGGCCCUCCCGGGAGCCGCCGAUGAGCGGCGGGCGCUGGCGGCGCUCCGCGGAGAUGGUGCAGCCGGGGCCUGAGGCGGAGCCGGCGCUGGCGGAGGCGCUGCAGCGGCUGAGGGCGGAGAACCGCGAGCUGAGGGGUGCUCUGUGUCACUGCACGGAGUCGCUGCGGCAGCGCCUGGAGGAGCUGCGGAAGCUGCAGCUGCAGCGCCGCGGGGAGCGGGAGCUGCUGCGGGGACGUUGGGGACAGGCCCGGGACCUGGUGCUGCACCUGCGGGGACAGCGCGGGGACAGCGCCGGGGACACCCCCGAGGACAGCGCGGACACCCCUGGGGACAGCACGGACAGCCCCGGGGACGGCAGGGACACCCUCAAGGACGCCAAGGACACCCCCGGGGACAUCAAGGACACCCCCGGGGACACCAAGGACACCCCUGGGGACAUCAGGGACUCGCUCAGGGACACGCUCAAGGACAAUGGGGACAUCUCCAGGGACACCCCUGACACCAGCACCAAGCCCCUCGAGGUCCCCCCCCGCUCGGUGUCCCCUCCCCUCGAGGACGUCCCCGCUGUCCCGGAGCCCCCCCAGGCCCCCCCCGGCGCCCCCCCGGAGCCCAGCUCGGAGGAGCAGCUGAGGCAGCGCCUGGCAGAGGCUGAGGCUGAGCUGGUGACACUCCGCGCCCGCGUGGCCGUGGCCGAGCUCCGGGCUCAGGACGUUUCCCGCGCGGCCGAGCUGCAGCUGCAGGGACUGCGCAGACAGCUCGAGCAGGACAAGGCCCAGGUCCAGGCCCAGGUGACGUCCCUGCUGGGGGAGCUCCGGGAGAGCCAAAAUCGCCUCGAGAGGAGCCGGGCGGAGAGAGAGCACCUGGAGCGCAGGGCCCGCAGUGACGCUGAGAGGUGCCAGCAGCUGGAGGAGGUGACACAAGGCCACCAGGUGCAGCUGGACCAGCUCCGGCUGCAGGUGACAAACCUGGAAACCGCCCUGAGGGUGGAGCGGCGCGGGGCCACCGAGGAGAAGAGGAAGCUGGUGCAGCUGCAGGCCGCGUACCAUCACCUGUUCCAGGAGUACGACGCUCACAUCAAGGCCAGCCUGGAGGGGGACAAACGGAGCCAGGUGACACAGGAACAGCUCCGUGCCGCCGAGGCCGCGCUGGCUCUCAAGCAGGAUCUCAUCGAUCGCCUCAAGGCCGAGGCCGAGCGGCAGCGAGCGGCGCUGGAGACGAUCCCGGUGCUGCAGGCCCAGGCCGACAUUUACCGGGCUGAUUUCGAGGCGGAGCGCGCGGCGCGGGAGCAGCUCCAUGGGCAGCGCGAGGCUCUGCAGGAGGAGCUGAAGCAGCUGCGGCUGCGGCUCGGGGGGGACGGGGCCAGGGCCCGUCUGGAGGAGCUGCGCAAUCGCCACUCGGAGCCGCCCCCGGCCCCGGCCCCGGCGGGGGGUUUUGGGGGGGUCCCGCCCCCCCCCGAGGAGGGGCCCGACCUGUGCUGCCCCAAGUGUCAGUACAAGGCUCCGGACAUGGACACGCUGCAGAUCCACGUCAUGGACUGCAUCAAGUGAGGGGGGUCCCGAAUCAACCCCCAGGCACCCCAAAAACACCCA